AUGAAUGCUUCAAAUUAUUCUAUUGCACUUUCAAGUGGGAGGUACAUGAAAUGUAACAUAAAGAAUACACUAACAAUAGAUACAAAAUCUCCUAGUGCAAUAAAUUCAGACGUAAGAAAACCAGACAUUCCCACGAUUACUAGAACUAUAAUCUCUAUUAUAGGGUAA